CCCUGCAUGAGCCUUCGGUUAAGGCGCCUCCUCGCUUGACUGUCAUCGUUUAUUGCUUCUUUUUCUAUUUAAAGAACUUGAGGAGACUGGGGUCUGUGCAAGUCAGCGGUCAGACUCGCGCGGGGUAUGAUUAGCAUCAUGGCUAUAUAAAGGGUUGAGGCGUCCUCCGCCCGGGGCUUGUUUUGCAGCAUCAAAUCCGCUCUUGCACUACAUAUUCCCAUCAGGCGCCACUCGAACGCCCCCUCCAAGUAAUUACUGCCCUCCAACACAUCCCAUCCACAAGUAUGGCUGCGAACCCCUACGGUCAGAUCUGCUGGCUCGAAGUGCCCGUGACGUCGGUGUCUCGUGCCGCAAAGUUCUACUCCUCCACCCUAGGCUGGGAGAGCAAGGACACCAAGGGUGGGCCGUCGCCGAUUGCCGGUGUGAAGUCGGCCCAUUUGUUCAGCAACGGCACACUCCAUGGCGCCUUCCUCCUCAUGUCGGACCAGGGCGCAAUUGCCCAGGUCGCCGACCCCAACAGGCUGGAGAAGAGCGCGCUGGUUGCGACGUUUUUAGUGGAGAGCAUCGAGGAGACAAUGACGAAGAUUGAAGCUGCUGGUGGGAAGUGUCAUAUCCCCAAGACUGCGGUUGGGGGAGGAAUGGGUUACCUUGCUCGAUUCAUUGACACUGAGGGCAACCUUGCGGGAAUAUGGGCGAAGCAGUAGGCUAUAAUUAUGACUGUGGAAAGAGCUACGGUAGCAGCUUGGUAAUGGAGCUAUGAAGUAGAGGCAAUCAGCGGACAAUUGACACUUGCUUCUAAAGCGAAAAGCUGCCAUGGUUAUUCGGAAGGGGAAUUUAACAGUAGCAGGAAUAUCAGUGAGG